UAAGGUUUACGACCACUGCUUCUGUUAAGCACGCUACUAGCUACUGCACAAUCACAGCAAAUGCUACCUUAUUACCCUAACAACAGGCCUCAUCGCCAUCAGCAUCACCAUCAUUGCGUCUACCAGCAAGAGCAGUCACUCUUACAGAACCCUACUGCAGCAGCAGCUGCGGCGGCUUUCCUCAUGCCGCCGACCGCGUCGAUGUCUGCUUGGGACGGGUACGGCGCGCAGAUCUUCCCCGCGGACAUGAUGCUCCGCCACCAGGAGACCCUGGAGGCCGUGCUCCAGCAGCCGGCGACGGUGGUGGCUCCCCUGCGGGCGCCGGAAGCGGCUGCGGCGGAGGGGGAGCUGAGACUGAGAGACGCAGCGCCGGCGGGGGCGGAUGGCGCCGGCGCCCAUGGCGCGGCCGCGCCGCGGAGGCGGCCGUACCGGACGGACCGGUACAGCAAGAUCCGCACGGCGCAGGGCGUGCGCGACCGGCGGAUGCGGCUGUCGGUCGGCGUGGCGCGGGAGUUCUUCGCGCUGCAGGACCGCCUGGGGUUCGACAAGGCCAGCAAGACCGUCAACUGGCUCCUCACCCAGUCCAAGCCGGCCAUCGACCGCCUCCACGACGCCGCCGAUCCGCCGGCGGUGGUGAAGGGGGGAGGGGAGGGGAGCUCCUCGAGCACUUGCUGUUUCAAGGACUCGACGGAGGAGGCGGCGGAAAAGGGAAGGAGCAGAGUUGGCGGUCGUGUUGGGCCAGCGGCGGCGCUCAUGGAAGAGCACGGCGGCGGCGAGGUCGACUGGAUCACGUCGGACGCCGCGGCGGCAGUGCCGCCGGCGCAGCCACCGCAGCCGAUGGACGAGUUGGAGUACUACUACCAGUACUACCUGCAGCUCGAGGAGAUGAUAUGAUGCAACAACGGAGUGCCAAGGUGAUUUCUUGUAUGGUAUGUAAACAUGUUAUUAGGUCUCAACUCUAUAAAGCUUGAAGGCUUCUAUAGCGUAAUUACGCUUCUGCUGCCAUGAUCUCCAACGCUGCAUAUAUAUAGUCACUACCGGAAAACGCACAAAUGUCUAGUGUCUACGGGUUUGCCGAGUGCCAGACCACGGGCACUCGGCGAAGACGAUCUUUGCCGAGUGCCAGACCUAGGGCACUCGGCAAACAUGUGGCACACGGCAUACCCACGCUUUGCUGAGUACAUAUACAUGAGAGCUGGUUCUCUAUCCAUCAAGACCAAUUAGCCGGGGU